GUUAUUGGAUCAUCAUUUUCUGUUAAAUCUAAACAGUAAUGAAAACACUUUUGCUUUCUUAUUUUUUUGGGUGGUAAAGUCUGUCAUCAUUCUGUUAAUCAAGAUCGACCGUUUGGUGAGACCGACUAACCGACAAAACUCGCCCUUUGGCGCGUAAGAAUAAGUACACACCUUCCAACCAAUAAAACGCCCAGUAGGCGAAACAAAAGCGCAAGUAGUGCACUCCGAGCCGACCAGUAGUGCUUGGUGAAGUUUUCAGCACCACGAACCAGAGAACAGAGACAGUAACAGACGCGGGCGACAAUAGUAUAACCAUGGAGCCAUCCACUGCCCCCGGUGCUGAACCGGCUGAUUUCGAGUUGUACUCGGUGAUUCCAUCCAAUGUCACCUACCCGGACGACGAGAUGGGGUUCGAGCCCAACGGAGGAAACUACACCCAUCAGCUCCCGGUUCAGAGCGCCUCCAAUAUUAUAGUAGCCAUCUCCAUCACGGCGCUCUACUCCGUUAUCUGCGUUGUGGGAUUGCUCGGGAAUGUCCUUGUGAUGUACGGUGUGGUGAGAUACACCAAGAUGAAGACAUCCACCAACAUCUACAUCUUUAACCUGGCUCUAGCGGAUGCCCUAGCCACUAGCACACUGCCCUUCCAGAGCGCCAAGUACCUGAUGGGGACCUGGGCGUUCGGAGAGGUCCUCUGUAAGGUGGUCAUCGCCAUUGACUACUACAACAUGUUCACCAGCAUCUUCACCCUGACCAUGAUGUCUGUGGACCGCUACAUCGCUGUGUGCCACCCAGUGAGAGCCCUGGAGUUCAGGACGCCUGCCAAGGGUAAGAUCAUCAACGUUCUGAUCUGGGUUCUGUCCUCUGCCAUCGGAGUGCCCAUCAUGGUCAUGGCUGUGACCAAAACGACAGACAGUGGUCAGACUAUGUGCACGCUGAAGUUCCCCGACCCUGACUGGUACUGGGACACGGUCACUAAGAUCUGCGUGUUCAUCUUUGCCUUCAUCGUCCCUGUCAUGGUCAUCACCAUCUGCUAUGGUCUGAUGAUACUGCGUCUGCGCAGUGUCCGACUGCUCUCCGGUUCUAAGGAGAAGGAUCGCAACAUGCGCCGCAUCACCCGCAUGGUCCUCGUGAUCGUCGCAGCCUUCAUCAUCUGCUGGACACCCAUCCACAUCUUCAUCAUCAUCAAGACCCUGGUGGAGAUCAACUCUACGAACCCCUACGUGAAAGCCAGUUGGCACCUCUGCAUUGCGCUGGGCUACAUGAACAGUAGUCUCAACCCUGUUCUCUACGCUUUCCUGGACGAGAACUUCAAGAGGUGCUUCCGGGACUUCUGCCUGCCCUGCCGGACCCGCGUGGAACGCAACUCCCUCAACAGGGGUCGGAACGCCAACCGGGAGCCUGUGUCCGUCUGCACUCCGACUGUAGCUGGGAAGGAAAGGAAGCCUGUAUGACUAGGCAUGGACCAGAUCCCUUGUGGUUCUGGUUCUCAACCCAGGAGGGCCCAGCAAGACUUGCAGUCUGAGGUCACCCAGAUCUCCACAACAGAGUUCUGACAGGAUAAGCAAUGAUUUAGUGAGACUCACAGAGUUGUCAGUAAAGAGGGGUCCAAACCACACCAUAUAGUUUUUUUUGGACCACAUAAUUGAUAUUCCUCCCAGUGAGAUUUAGGAAUGUUCUUUAUUGUUGCUCAGAAGAAGACAGAUUCAAUGUUUCACCAUAAAUCGUUUUCCGCUAUCCAGAGACAAUCUGUGACGGUGCCAGAGCUUUUGAGUAGCGAAUUUCUGGUUUGUGACAAAUGGAUGUCUGGCUGCAGAGAGAAUACACAGGAUGUUGUCAAGGACAGUGGUCCAAAGAAUACCACAUGGUUCUAUCAAUUAGUCAUCCUUUUUUGUGACUGAUGACAAGCUGCACAAAUAUGGGACUGGGGAUGUUUUUAAAAUAUAGGCAACAGUGUAAGGGAAACCACCAAAUGAGUAGACACAGUGCAUUCUGCAACUAUUCAGACCCCUUUUCUACAUUUUGUUACGUUACUGCCUUAUUCCAAAAUGUAUUCAAUUACAGCCUCAAGUCUUCUUGGGUAUGACGCUACAAGCUUGGCACAUCUGCAU